ACACAAUCGAACACAAUCGUAUUUGCAAACUCCCUUUCCCUCUGCGUGAAUUGCUGCGUCCUCAAUGCCCUAGCACUCUGUCAAACGACUUUCUCCUCUCUUUUAACUCUUGAAAUAAUCGACUGCCUCCUCUCCUCAGAUUCUUGAAAAAUCUCUCCAAUCCUCUCCCCAUAUACGCCCCACCUCAUUCUCUGUGCAACCCUCACCCAUCCAACCCAUUUCUUGAAUCCCGUUCCUUGCAGUGUUUUAAAUUAUCUUCAAUGUGUAAGCCUUGGAAAACUCUGUUGAUUCCUGAGUUCUAAGAGUUGCAAACUCUCCAUGCAUUGUCUGUGAUAGAAGAAGCGGUGGUGUCUCAACACUGAGGCAACGACUUCGUCUCUGCAAAACUGCGGCAUACUCCCUUCUCCUUCGAUUCAAGUUUCUUUUUGCAACUCAAACAACCAGACCACCAGAAAAGUAAAGGAGAGAUAUUAGGGCACAUAGAGAUGGAUGAAGUUCCCUUCUCCUUGGGAGGAUGACAGUGGGUUGCAGGGGCCAUAGAUACUGAUGCAGACAGGGGUUUUUCAUGUCGUAUUGUUUUUUUUUUUGAGAUUAAAAGAGAGAGAGAGAGACGCCUCGUGAUCGGAGAAGGAAGAUCCCUGGAAGACUGUUCCUCUACCCCCAUCUACGCCUCCCCCAAGUCACGUGGGGUCUUUUGACUACCCAAUGACCAAACUCGAACUCCUGCGGAUUGUGUCUCCUUAGCUUCAUCAGGGGAAUUGUUUUCUUGGUUGAAGCCUGCACUGGUCAUUAGCGGAAUUAACAGGGAUUAAAUUGUGGGAAUCAAACGGAAGUUGCAUGCUGCCCCUUCAUAUUAUUCACAUAUUCAAGUUUGAUUCUCUAUGACAUGUUGAUUUAAAAUUGAACAAGGCUUCACAUUCUAAAGUGCCUCAAAGGAGGAAAGGAAUGUCAAUUUCACUUUCGUGGAUAGGAGGUUGCAAAAUGAAUUCUUCCUCAAUUCUUAUUGUUCGCUGUGUACCAAGGCAUUUAGUUUUCAAUUUUCAAUGGUAGACAAAUUGGCCCUACAAAGAUGACUACUAGUUGAGGCUGCUAAGUGUUCCACACAAUCAUCUGUCUUCUAGAGGGAGAGUGAGCAAGGGAAAUGGAAGGAGUUUCAUACCAACGAUUCCCCAAGGUGAAGAUAAGGGAGUUGAAGGAUGACUACCUUAAGUUUGAGCUUCGGGAGACGGAUGCUAGCAUGGCAAAUGCCCUUCGCCGUGUGAUGCUGGCAGAGGUUCCCACAAUUGCAAUCGACCUGGUUGAGAUUGAGGGCAACUCAUCAGUACUUAAUGAUGAGUUCAUUGCCCACCGACUUGGUCUCAUCCCUCUAACCAGUGACCGUGCCAUGGGCAUGCGGUUCUCCCGUGAUUGUGAUGCCUGUGAUGGUGAUGGCCAAUGUGAGUUCUGCUCUGUUGAGUUCCACCUUCAUGUUCGCUGUGACUCAGACCAGACCCUUGAUGUCACGAGCCAUGACCUUGUGAGUUCUGAUCCCUCUGUUGUGCCUGUUGAUGUCGUGCAGCGCUCUGAUUCUGUUGGAUAUGAAACUUCUGAGCAGAGGGGAAUAAUCAUUGUGAAGUUGCGUCGGGGUCAAGAACUAAGAUUGAGAGCAAUAGCUCGCAAAGGGAUUGGCAAAGAUCAUGCUAAAUGGUCGCCUGCUGCAACCGUUACUUUUAUGUAUGAACCAGAUAUUCAUAUCAAUGAAGAUUUGAUGGAAACAUUGUCACUUGAUGAGAAAAGAGAGUGGGUUGAAAGUAGCCCUACAAAAGUUUUUGGACUUGAUCCUAAUACGCAACAGGUUGUCGUGAUUGAUCCUGAGGCAUACACGUAUGAUGAGGAAGUGAUCAAGAAAGCAGAAGCCAUGAGGAAGCCAGGACUGGUAGAAAUCUAUGCCAAAGACGACAGUUUCAUUUUUACAGUUGAAUCUACUGGUGCCGUCAAAGCUUCACAGUUGUUCAUCAAUGCGAUAGAAGUUCUUAAGCAGAAGCUGGAUGCAGUUCGCCUAUCAGAGGACACAGAAGAAGCUGAUGAUCAGUUUGGUGAAUUGGGUGCACACAUGCGAGGCGGAUGAUCACUUUUGUUGUACUGGACUCUGUUCGUAUGAGGAAGCAUAUAUUGAUGAAACUGCUUCGGUAUUAAGGAAUGUGGUUCACUUGUCAUGAAUUUCAAACCUCUGACAGUGAUGUAGGAACCAAAGAAUAAGCAAGGGAGCACAAUUCACAUUAUGUGGGGCACUAGCUUGGGCAAUCCUGGGAUUAGGACUGUGUUUUCCCGUCGGUAGUUUUUUAAUGAAAACUUAAUACAGUCUAUGUGUAAAACAUGGUUAUUUUGGAUUCUUGCUAGCUCUUAAGUUUCUUUAUACACUGCUAGGGGUUCCCAUGUUUUGACUAUCCUUCAUGACUUCCUUUGAACUUGAACACUUGUCUCAUGUUGCGUCUUUUAUUCUUCAGUAACUGUGUACGUCUUGGUGUUCUACCAUUUGGAGACCACCAUCAUUUGUCUGGAUAUGCGUUGAGAAUUUGUGUACGUUUUCAAUGUAAAAUUUGUAGGAUUGAUUGGUUUUUCA